AUGACGAAACCUUACCCGUGUCUAGUGUGUGAGAAAACCUUCAGCCUUUCAGGAUCUUUGAAGAGUCACAUGUUGAUGCAUACGGGGGAUAAACGUCAUGAAUGUCCAGAGUGUGGGAAAAACUUCUAUCGCGUUGGAUCUUUGAAGACUCACAUGGUGGUUCAUACAGGUGAUAAACCUCACGUGUGUCCAGAGUGUGGGAAAGGAUUCAGUCAACGUGGAUCUGUGAAGAGGCACAUGAUGCUGCAUUCGGGCAUUAAGGUUCAUGAGUGUCCAGAGUGCGGGAAAAACUUUAGUCGUGUUGAAAGUAUGGAGUGUCACAUACUGGCACAUACAGGUGAUAAACCUCAUGUGUGUCCACAGUGUGGAAAAAGAUUUAGUCAACUUAAAAAUAUGAAGGCUCACAUGAUAGUGCAUGUGGAUGAUAAACCUCAUGAGUGUCCAGAGUGUGGGAAAAGAUUUAAUCAACGUCAGUCAAGAAACCGGCACAUGAUGUUACACAUGGGCAUUAAACUGCACGCGUGUCCAGAGUGUGGGAAAAGAUUUAGUCGACUUCAUUCCGUAAACAGGCAUAUGAUGAUGCAUGUGGACAUCAAACCGUAUGAGUGUCCAGAGUGUGGGAAAAACUUUGCUCGUCGUGAAUGUGUGAAGACUCACAUGUUGGUGCAUGUCGGUGAUAAACGCCAUGAGUGUCCACAGUGUGGGAAAAAAUUCUUUCAACUUGUAUCUAUGACAAGGCACAUGAAAGUGCAUAUGGAUACUAAACUGCAUGAGUGUCCAGAGUGUGGGAAAAAGUUCACUUGUCAAAGUAAUAUGAAGAAGCACAGGAAUGUGCAUUCAGGUAUUAAGCCUCACAUGUGUCCAGAGUGUGGGAAAAGUUUCAGUGAGCUUGGAAAUAUGAAGAGGCACAUGGCAGUGCAUUCUGGUGGCAAACGUUUCGAGUGUUCCGAGUGUGGGAAAAGAUUUAAGCAACGCAAUAGUAUACUACUUCACAUAUUAGCACAUUCUGGUGAUAAACCUCAAUAG